AUGGAACAAGGGCGGCCCUCCAAUGAGGCCAGGCCAGAGUAUGACAUAAUUAUUGGCAUCCUUUCAGCCAGAGAGAAUUUUGAACAACGUCGGGCUCUCCGAGCAACAUGGGUGGGCUACAUACAGCAGCAUCCAGACUAUAGCAAGAGGAUUCUGGUGAAAUUUGUCGUAGGGAGCAAACCCUGCCCAGUUCCACCUGCUGACAGACUGGAUCCCUUCACCUGCCAGAAACUGUCCUUGUCAGAAACAAUAUGUGCAGGAGAGGUGGUGGCCCUCAGUCUGGCCUCCCAGAACAGUCUCCCCAGCAGCCAGCAGCAGACAGGUCCAGUGGAGACCCCCUUCACUGUCCACCACCCUGUGGUCAUCACCAAGCUGGGUGUGCUGGGAGGGGACAUACCUGCAGAAGGUGUCAGAGUCAGGCUGGUAGACUCUGCAGCAAAGGAGAAUUUACUGAGUGUUAAUUUCACAUCAGAUAACCCUGGGAUACAUACAGGGGGCAACACUUUUAAGGCUGUGCAGAAUUAUGUCUUACCAAAGGGUUUCCAGGGGACCAUCACUGUUGAGAGCCUAGCAGCUGAUAACGAGUUGUUGGUGACAUUUCCACUGGACCAGCUACAGGUCAGCAACAAAGGAGGUGUACUUCAACUCCGAAAGAAAGUUGACUUCAUGCCUGAGUCAGGGUAUCUUCCUCAUCACACCCAUGCCCAGCAGCACACAGCAGCCACAUUUAUGUACAGAGUCUUUGAGCCAGAGUUCUUGGAGCAGGCCCCUCAGGACCUUCGUGCCAAAGAGUGGUCAGUUAAGCUUGGUGCAGAGCAGCAGCAUCUGGAGAUGGAGGUGGAGCGGUACGGGGACAUCCUCCUGGUGGAGGAAGUAGAGUUCUACAGAAACCUGCCAAAGAAGAUCCUGGGGUUUUACAAAUGGGUCACUGAAAAUGUGAAGUUCAACUUUACUUUGAAAACUGAUGAUGACUGUUUUAUUGAUGUGGACAAAAUAGCAAUGGGGAUUGAGACUCUAAAACUUCGGGAAAAAAGCAAAGUAUGGUGGAGUAGAUUUCGUAGUGGCUGGGCAGUGGAACACCAUGGGAAGUGGGCAGAGCAGGACUACCCCAGCCCUGUCUACCCUGCCUUCGCCUGUGGAGCAGGCAACAUCCUGUCAGCUGACCUUGUCUCCUGGUUAGCGGAGAAUGCACACCAGCUCAGGCCAUAUCAGGGAGAAGAUGUGUCACUGGGGAUCUGGUUGUCUGCAGUUGGACCAAAUCUUAUAUCUGACCACUCCUGGCAGUGCGAGGAAGGCUGUACUACAGAGAUGUACUCCUCCCCUGAACAGCAGCCGACACAGCUGAUGACGUUGUGGAGCAACCUGCAGAAGUGUGGGAAUCCCUGCCAGUGUCCAUGA